AUGGGAAGAUCACCAUGUUGUGACAAAAGUAAGGUUAAGAAAGGGCCAUGGUCUAAUGAAGAAGAUGCAUUACUCAUCAACUUUUUUGAGAAAUAUGGCAAUGGAGGCAAUUGGAUUUCACUACCUAAAAGAGCUGGCUUGAAUCGAUGUGGAAAGAGUUGUCGUUUAAGAUGGUUGAAUUAUCUUAAACCGGGUAUUAAGCAUGGUGAUUUUACAGAGAAGGAAGAUUAUGUGAUAUAUACUCUUUAUAAUUCCAUAGGUAGCAGGUGGUCAAUUAUUGCCUCACAUCUACAAGGAAGAACAGACAAUGAUGUGAAGAACUAUUGGAACACCAAGCUUAAGAGGAAAAUAUUAUCAGGCAAAUUCAAGAAUGAUAUUGACAUUAGUAAUAAUACUAAAACUUAUAAAUCUAGUACAUCAUCUGAUUAUUACACAAACACAAAAUGUAGUACACUAAUCUUGCAAACUUUAGGUAAUGAAAACAUUAUGAGCUCACAAUUAGAUAAUUAUCAUUUUGUGCAUGAUCAAUGUCAAGGUGAUAGUAGCAAUGACAUGAAAGAAGGUAUAGUAAAAAAUACUCAAAGUUACAGUAGCAGUAGUACAGUGACUCAUGGAAUAUCAAGCUAUUCAGGAUCAUCAUCGGAUUCAUUGGAUUGUUAUCGAUAUAGCUUUGAUUCAACUGUGUUUCGUGGCGAAGAAGAUGAGUUUUGGAUGGACUUGUUGUCUGAUUCAUUUGAUGAUGUUGUAGGUGGUUCUCAGCUUGAGGAGAAAAUCAAUGAAAUCGCUUCUCUCUUAGAUGAUUCAUUUUCUAGUUAAGUAACAUAGAUGAAAAUUGUUGUAGCACUAGAUUUUAACUAUAAAAAGAUUCAUUAUUAAGUAAAAACCAUAGGAUGUGGGAUUUAAAUAUAUAGGUGUAGCCUGUAGGCUACGAAUUUGGUAGUCAGUGCGUUUUAAGUGUAACAUAUUACACCAUAAUUUAUUGGGUAAAAAAACCUUAUGGAGAUGAUAGCAAGCGUCAAUUUAAUGAUGUUGUUGCAUUUGAUUGAUUGCAAUUUGUUUUACUGAUAUUGAUGUUGGUACUACACAUAGUAUACAAAAUUACAAAUUGUAGAGAAUUGAAAUCAAAACAAUGUAUGGAUAUAACAUGAAUCAUGUUUUACUAGUAGACGGAUAAUAACAUUAUUGGUCCAUGUAGUACGAAAAAACAACGACUAGUCAAUGUUAGGUUAUAUCAUGUGUUUGUGGAUAACAAAUUGACGAUUGUGGAAUCCACUUGCCAAAAGCUAACCGACUUGCUAUUUUUGGCCCGAAAA